UUUCAUGGACGAGAGAAAGUAAAAAUUUUAUAGUUGUGCUAUUAACAAAUUAUUUAACUAAAUUUUUUGCUGACUCUUUCGAAAAUGUUUUCUACAAUCACCAAAAGUUUUAUCAUUGGAAGAAAAUCAAGUCUACAAUUUUAUAAAAUGAAAAUAGCAAGAGCAGUUACAGAAGGUGGCAUAUAUAGUAUUAGUACUACUGGUAGUAGUACCAUCUUAAAAAGAAACUUGAAGACGCUAACAAAUAAAGAGCAUACGAAAAGUGAAGACAUCAAGUUUGAGUAUCUUGCAGGUGAACGAGAAGGUGUUGCAGUAAUUGCUAUGAAUCGCCCACAGGCCAAAAAUGCAAUUAGCUUGAAUCUUGUUUCCAUGUUUGAAGAAGCUCUACACACAGUUAAGUUUGAUAAAUCAUUACGUGUUUUAAUAAUCCGCAGUUUAGUUCCUGGUGUAUUUUGUGCAGGGGCUGAUUUGAAAGAAAGAGCAAAAAUGUCAGAAUCCGAAGUUGGUCCAUUUGUGGCAAGGCUUCGGGGAAUGUCAAUGGAAAUUCAUGACUUACCAGUACCAACUAUUGCAGUUCUAGAUGGUGCUGCUAUGGGUGGGGGGCUUGAAUUGGCCUUAGCAUGUGACUUACGAGUGGCAGCUUCAUCAGCUAAAAUGGGGCUCGUUGAAACUAAACUUGCAAUCAUACCAGGAGCUGGUGGAACCCAGAGAUUACCUCGUGUUGUGGGUCCAUCUGUUGCAAAAGAACUCAUUUUCACAGGAAGGAUAAUUGAUGGAAAUCAGGCUCACAAUAUUGGCUUGAUAAAUCAUGUGGUGGAACAAAAUCAAGCUGGUGAUGCAGCAUAUCAUAAAGCAUUAGAGUUGGCUGAAGAAAUAGUACCUCAAGGACCAGUAGCUCUCCGGAUGGCCAAACUUGCCAUCAAUAAAGGCAUAGAAGUUGAUUUAAAUAGUGGUUUGUCUUAUGAACAGGCAUUUUAUGCCCAAGUGAUUCCUACAAAAGAUAGGAUUGAAGGAUUACAAGCAUUCAGAGAGAAGAGACCACCCUGCUACAAGGGAGAAUAACUUGUGUGAAUAUUGUAUAAAUAUGUAAAUUGUAAUUCUUGUCUCUGAAUUGUAAUUUAGAUUAGGCAAACAGUUUUAUCAGGGGUUUAUUUUUAGGAUUAUGGAGUGAAAUAAUUGCCAAAUUCUGUUGUUGCAGUACUGAUAUAGGAGCAGUUUAUUAUCAAGGCCUUGCUUAACAUUUAAUUUAUGAAUACUAAUUUUAUAAAGUUUGGGAGAGCUCACAGAUAUAUAUAUAUAUGAAAAAAUAUUUCAUUGAAUUUAACAAGCUCAUAAUAAGCUGAUUUUUGUUUGUUUCCACAUGGUACCAAAUUUGGUGAAGUAAUGCCUUGAACUUGAAGCAUCCAUAGAGAAGCCUCCUUUGGUCUUAAUAAUUUUUUAAAGGUUAUAAUCUUGCCAUGGAGCUUCUGAUUUAGUUUUACAAAAAAAAAAGGAGAUUGCUAUUGUUUAUACAAAAAGUAGGCAUUCAAUAUUAGAUAGUUUAUGUUUUGAAGUAUUAACUUCCAAAGUUUGAGUUUUCUUUUUAAUUACUAUGUAGAGUAAUUUUGUAAAAAUCUCAUCAUUAGUAAGUAUUAAUUUGAGAAAAAUCUAACAAGACUCCAAUUUUUUCUGAAAAUUUCACAAAUAUUUUAAUAGUGUUGGAAACAAACUAAAAUAUUACAAAACAAAAUUUGAAAGACAAGAUCCAAACUCAUUCUUAAGUGAAAUUAUUUUCUUAGAUAGAAUUAUAAACUUGUGAAUAGAGCUGGGUAAUUAAUGGAAUUUGUAGAGUGAUUAAUCAUCAAGCUCAUCUGUUGGUUACAUUCAACUAAUUGAUUAUUCUCACAUGAAACUUGGUUAGUUGGAAUAACUGAAAAUUGUAAUGAUUAGAAACUAAAUUUGAUUAGUUGGUUAUUUUUAUAAAUAGUGACACUAAAGUAACACUGAUUGAGCUGAACAACCUUGAAUUAACCCAAAGUAGUAAUUAAAAAUUAGAAUGACAAUAUUUGAUUAUUUGGAUAAUUAGAAGAACAAAAAACUGAAAUAAUUGUAAAUACCAAUUUCCAUUAGUUGAUUAUUUUAGAUGACACUGAUCAAUGUAAUUGAUGCUCUUAGGUAAUAGAGUUAACUGCCUAGCUCUAUUGAAAUGAUGUCUUGUUAUAGUGUAUUAUUUGAAUUUUAAAAUCUUAUUGGAUAAAUAUAUGAACAAGA